AUGGAAUUUCUCUUUUUUCUUUUCUUUUCUUUUCUUUUUCUUUCUUUCUUUCUUUCUUUCUUUCUUUCUUUCUUUCUUUCUUUCUGUGUGCGUUCAAAUUUUUUUUCUUUUUUCUUUGUUUCUUUCUUUCUUAUUUUUCAACCUUUUCUUUUUUCAUUCUUGCGCUUUUUUCUUUUCUUUCUCCUCUUUUUCUUUCCAUGUGCGUUCACAUUUUCUUCCUUCCUUUCUUUCUUUCAUUCUUUCUUUUUUCUUUCUUUCUUUCUUUUGACCUCGCAUAAACAAGAGGGGGGGCAACUACCUUUCCUAGAAGGUCGAGGAAAAGUAUAUAUAUAUGUCAGGAGAACACAGAAGCCAACCCCUAGUUUUUCUUUCUUUCUUUCUUUCUUUCUUUCUUUCUUUCUUUCUUUCUUUCUUUCUUUCUUUAAUCCACGCCUUUUCUGUCUUUUUUUUUCUUUCUUUCUUUAUGCUCCGAGUGAGUUGUUUUGUGAAGCUUUUUUUGUCGCCUGUCGGGCAGGUGUGUUUUGGGUUAUUUUCUUCUUGUUCUUGUUGAGGGCUGAGACAACAAAAGACGAGUCCCGUUCCCCCUGA